AUGCGGCUGCUGGCUUUUGGCGAUGGGAACCUGAUGCUGAACCCAAGGGACAGAAAGAGUGGCGACGAAAAUGAAUAUGUUUCUCUUAUGCUUGUGCUGUUUCAACUAUCUGAGAGAUCCCAUACGGUCGUGGAGGCAACUUUCAAGUUCUUGUUAUAUGAUCAGUCAUAUGGAAAGCACCACGAACAGCAUCAAGUGAGCCACAGUUUUCAGUCUACAAGCAGAGUCUCUGGGAGCUCAUGCAUGAUCCCCCUCGCGAAGCUUAAGGAGCAAUCCUAUGGAUUCCUCGUCAAAGACAGCUGUGUUUUCGGUAUCCAGUUCAUCAAAGUUGUCGCUGUUAAAGGUAACGAUGUGUCAGAGACGCUGUUUGUUCAGAAGACUAGCAACAUCUGCAGUGACCCGCAAGUCUACACCUGGAACAUUGAUGAUUUCUUUGUGUUGAAGAACCCGAGCACCUCCCCAGAGUUUGAGCUCUGUGGACACAAAUGGUUCAUCACUCUCUAUCCAUCUGGUUACGAUAAGAAUGGGAACUACCUCUCCCUGUCUCUGAGCAUGAAGGUUCCGGACACACUCGAUAAGGACUCGGCAAUCCUUGCAGAAGUUAGCAUAAGCAUCAAAGACCAGGAAACGGGGAACCACGCGAAAUCAUCAGCCCGGAUCCAGUUCAAGAAUGAUACCCACACUUCGCUAUGGGACAAGUUCAUAUCGUUGGAAGAUUUCAAGGACUCAUCAAAGGGUUAUCUCGUGAAGACAAAGUGCUGCAUUGAAGCUCAGGUUGAAGUCAUUGUUUCCUCCAAGACGGUGUAG